GAAGAAAUGCGUUAGGGCUCACCUGGAAGCUUCGCCGUGCUGGUAGUCAAGUUCAUCGACUGCGCGAGGAACAUCAAGUCGACCGGCAAAGCGACGACCACCGCAACCGGCCAGAAGAACUCCAGUUCGACAAACAAAGUAUAUGAAAAAUGUCUGCAAAAGGCAAAGAACCAUUGGUAGAGGCUGCCAGUGAGAAGUUUAAGUGGGAUACACACAAUACAAGAACUUUUCUUGAUGUCUUGACUGUAUGGAAGAAGAAGAAUAUUGGGGUAGUAAAAUGGGAUAAGGUUUCUGAAGCAUUCAAGAAGGUUAGUGGAUUAUCUUGCUCACCUGUUAAAUUGAAAUCUAAACAUGACAACAUGAAGCAGAAUUGGCAAUUGUUCAACAAACUUAGGAACUCAGAAACUGGAUUGGGUUUUAACUCCGCGACUGGAUUGAUUGAGGCUAGUGAUGACUGGUUGGCCGCACGGAUUCAGGAGAACAUAAACUUCAAGAAGUUUAAGACCAAUGGACUUCCACUUUGUGAGGAGAUGAACAAGCUAUGGGGUGUCAACACUGCUACUGGUGAUGAGGUUCUUUCACAAGCUCAUGGUGAUGAUGACUGCUGCCAGAUUCCACAAUCAAUCGCACAUGUAGAUGUGGAGAACCUUGGCGAUGACCUUUCUACUAGCUCUUCUUCUAACAGAGUUACAACCCCAUUGCAAGAAGCUGGCAGUACAGGACAUGCUGCUAGUUCCAAGCAGGGUUCUUUCUCAACCAAUAAAGGUUGUAAGAGGAAGAAGAACUCCAAAGCUGACAGUACCCCACCUGAGAUUCAGGAUCUCUGCCACGGUCUGAAAAGUGCAAUCGCUGAGCGGCGUUCAUACUAUGUUACCAAGCAGACCACCAGUGAGGAACAACGUGCUUAUUUUGCAUCAAAGAAGGUGUACUACGAGAAGUUGACUACUCAGCUUGAUAAUUAUGAUAAAUGCGUGCAAGCUUUGUUGGAGCUGAACAUAAAUGAAAGUUACCCCCAUUUUUAUUACUUCACAAUUGAGUUGUUCGCUUCUCGUGAUCAGCGGAGUUUGUUUCUUGCUAUUCCCCAGCACUCCCGUUUCGGUUACAUUGAGAGGCUCUACAACAAGAGCAAUGGCUUCGGACCGAGUGGCUAGUAGUCAACUAAUUAUCGACUGUUCUGAAUUUAUUUUAAUGAGCAUCUGUUAGUUAGUAUAUUUCUUUGGAUUCGCAUAUCUGUUUGUUAUUUUUAUUGUUAAUGACUUGAGUACAUUUCUAUUGCUACACUUCAAGAGAGCAGUUUUAAAUGCGGAUUUUUCAUGUUAACUGAGAAUGAACAAUUUGUUAUAAAUUUUAAUGGCCCUAAAUUUAUGUAUUAA